AUGGCCGGACAGAUGAAUCUCGACCUCAGCAACGCCCAGAUAGCCAAGGACGAACAAGGCCGCCCCUUCAUCAUCGUCCGCGAUCAGGGCAAGAAGAAGCGCACUCAUGGCAUCGAAGCCAUCAAGAACCACAUCCUCGCUGCCCGGACCGUCUCGUCCAUCGUCAAGACCUCACUCGGACCCAGAGGUCUGGACAAGAUUUUGAUAUCACCUGAUGGCGACAUCACCGUCACCAACGAUGGCGCGACCAUCAUGAGCCAGAUGGAGAUCACCAACCACAUUGCGAAGUUGUUGGUGAGCUUAAGCCAGAGUCAAGAUGCAGAGAUUGGAGAUGGCACGACGGGUGUGGUGGUGCUGGCGGGCGCGUUGCUGGAAAGGGCGAGCGAGCUCAUUGACAAGGGCAUCCAUCCGAUCAGGAUAGCGGACGGCUAUGAUGCGGCCUGUGAGGUGGCAGUCAACGAGCUGGAUCGCAUCUCAGAUGUCAUGCCCUUCUCGCGAGACAACACGGAUAACCUCGUCAAGGUCGCCAAGACCGCGCUGGGCUCGAAAAUUGUCUCGAAAGCACAUGAUCAAUUCGCGAACAUUGCUGUGGACGCUGUGCUAUCCGUCGCCGACUUGGAGAGGAAAGACGUCGACUUCGAGCUCAUCAAGGUGGACGGCAAGGUCGGCGGCUCGUUACAAGACACAGUCCUGGUUAAGGGUGUGAUCGUGGACAAGGACUUCUCACAUCCACAAAUGCCGUCCGAAGUCAAGGACGCCAAACUCGCCAUCCUCACCUGCGCUUUCGAACCACCAAAACCCAAGACCAAGCACAAGCUUGACAUCACCACCGUCGCGGAGUUCAAGGAGUUGCAGAAGUACGAGCAGGCCAAGUUCACCGAGAUGAUCCAGCAAAUCAAAGACACCGGCGCCAACGUGGUCAUCUGCCAAUGGGGUUUCGACGACGAAGCGAACCACCUUCUCCUCACAAACGAACUUCCGGCCGUGCGAUGGGUUGGUGGCCCGGAAAUCGAGCUCAUCGCCAUCGCAACCAACGGCCGCAUCGUCCCUCGCUUCGAAGACCUCAAGGCGGAGAAGCUAGGCAAGGCGGGUGUGGUGCGUGAGAUGUCUUUCGGUACGACGCGCGAGAAGAUGCUCGUCAUUGAAGACAUCCCCAACUCCCGUGCCGUGACGGCAUUCAUCCGCGGCGGCAACAAGAUGCUCAUCGACGAGGCGAAGCGGUCGCUCCACGAUGCUCUUUGCGUCGUCCGCAAUCUGGUCAAGGACAACCGCAUUGUGUAUGGUGGAGGAGCGGCGGAGAUUGCGUGUUCGAUGGCAGUCGAGCAGGCGUCGUUCGAGGAGCCAGGGCUGGAGCAGUACUCGAUGCGCGCGUUCUCGGAGGCCUUGGACGCCGUACCGAUGGCGCUGGCGGAGAACAGUGGGUUGAGUCCCAUCGAGAGUCUGGCGGAGUUGAAGAUGAGGCAGAGUAAGGGCGAGAAGAGGGGGAGGUUGGGGAUCGAUUGCAUGCAGACGGGUUCGAAUGACAUGAAAGAGCACUUCGUCAUCGACCCGCUCAUCUCAAAGCGACAGCAACUACUCCUCGCUACACAGCUAUGUCGCAUGGUGCUGAAGGUCAACAAUGUCAUCGUCGCGGGAAGUGAUGAGAACGAGUAUUAG